UCAUACCUUUAUAGAUUAAGAUCGAUGGAUCUCAUAGCUUUUCUAAAAGAAAACGAUAUGCUGCUAUUCUUUCUUUUCACGUCCUUCUUCGCCCUUUUAUUCAUCAAACUUACAUUUUCCAAGACCAUAAAAAACCUCCCACCAAGUCCACCAACGUUGCCGAUCAUCGGAAACCUGCAUCAGAUCGGAGAUAAACCUCACAUCUCCAUUACCAACUUCGCCAAAGAGUAUGGCCCUCUCAUGUCUCUCCGCCUUGGAAGCCAACUUCUUGUGGUUGCCUCUUCUCCGGAGACCGCCAUGGAAAUUCUCAAAUUCCAAGAUCGCUCCUUUUCUUCUCGUUUCGUGCCCAGUACAUUCCGACAAAGUUCGAUACUACCCUACUCCCUCAUUUGGUCCGACUGCGACCAAACUUGGAGAACGUUACGAACAGUUUGUCGUACUGAAUUGUUCUCACCUAAAGCCAUGGAGACCCACUCUAGGGUUCGAGAGGAGAAGAUAAGUGACAUGUUGGAGUUCUUGCGUAAUAAGCAAGGAGAAGUGGUUGACAUCGGGGAACUCGUUUUCACGACUUUGUUUAACACUUUGAGUUGCAUAAUAUUUGGCCAAGAUUUCAUUGAUUUGAAAGAUGAACAUGAGACUCAUGGUGGGCUGAAAGAUUCACUUGAAAAUAUUCUGGAAUAUGGAGGUAAACCUGAUUUCGGUGAUUUCUUUCCUAUGUUUCAAAGAUUGGAUCUUCAAGGAAUAAAGAAGGGAGGCCUCAAACAAAUCAAGAUCGUGUUUAGUUUUUGGGAACAUAUGAUAAAGGAACGACGAUCCCAAAUCGGAUCGUCGGCAUGGUCAUCGGAUCAGGCAAAUACUUUACUGGAUCGAUUGAUUGAACAAGGGUUUUCAGACGUCCAAAUCAAUCAGCUUGCUACUGAAUUAUACGUAGCUGGUACCGAUACUACGACCUCAACGGUGGGAUGGGCUAUAGCCGAGCUACUAAAACACAAAGAAGCCUUGUCUAAGGUAGAAAGCGAAGUCAUGAAGAAAGAAAUGAAUUUUGACAAAAUCACUGAAUCUCAACUAAGUGAAUUACCUUAUCUACACGCUUGUAUCAAGGAAACCCUAAGAAUACAUCCAACCGGGCCUUUCCUACUUCCUCACCGGGCUCAAGAAACAUGUGAAGUUAUGGGUUACACUGUUCCAAAGGAUGCGCAAGUAUUUGUCAACAUUUGGGCAAUAAGUCGAGAUCCUAAAAUAUGGGAUGACCCUCUAUCAUUCAAACCUGAAAGAUUCCUUGGCUCGAAGGUAGAUUUUAGAGGUCAAAACUUUGAGUUCACACCAUUCGGUGCAGGGAGAAGAAUGUGUCCCGGUUUGCCCUUAGGUGUCAAGAGCGUUGAACUUAUAUUAGCUUCGUUAAUUCGUGGGUUUGAUUGGGUCCUUCCAAAUGGUGACGAUCCUUCACAGCUUGACAUGAAUGACAAAUUUGGUGUGACUUUGCAGAAGGAAAAGCCUAUGAAAAUCAUCUUCAAACCCAAACAACAAUCUUUGGUAGCAUAAUUCAUAUAUGAUUAAUUUCCUCUUUUGCAGGGCUUUCUUGUAUGUAAGUUCGUGGUGCAUUAUGCAUUUCAUGUGUGCAUGAACAUUGUUAUCAUCGUCUUUGUUAGUCAAUAGCAUUAUGUGUGUUUUAGGCAAAAUAAAUAAAAAAUAGUUUUAUCU